GGAGAAAACUAUCGAAAACACCCAUCACAUUACGCUACUCUUUAUAAGAAGUGCUGGUCUUCUGAACCAAAUUUGCGCCCAGCAUUAGACGAAAUUUUGAUUGAACUCGAGAACUUAUCGGCUGAACCUGUUGAAUUCAUUACAAAUAAUAUCAAUAAUCAACAAAUGCCGCAAUCAAAUAUUUCUUCGCAUGAUACAAAUUCUGUUUCUCCGGUUAAUACACCUGAAGAUCAUCCUGGAGAACAACACUAUUGGUCAUCACCAUUAU